AUGCCGUCAGAUUGCUCCAGGUAUCCCUCGAAUGUACUGUUCUCCUUCCGCUUCCCACCCAGCAAGACCCCCUCUCCCCUUCCCCCCUUCUCCCCCUCCCUCCACCCCUUCCUCUCCUCCCUUCCCCUUCUCCGCAGGUAUCAGGGGAACCGCCGCAGCUUUGGUGCCGUCCCCACUGCAGCUGAGGUAUCAGGGGGAGAGCCACUGUUACAUUGCCAUCUCAUUGCACCCAACAACCUCCUGCUCUCUCCACCUUUCCCCCCCUCUUUCCCCUCCUCCCCCGGCCCCCCUCUCCCCCACUCCCCUUCUCCACAGGUAUCACGGGAAGCGCCGCAGCAGUGCCGCCCUCGUUGCACCCGGUAUCAGGGGAAGCGCGGCGGAAGUGCCGUCCUCACUGCAGCUGGUAACCAGGCACUCUCCCCACCCCCCCCUUCCGUUCCUCCUCCAGCUCCACUCUCCCCUCCUUCACCCAAGCAGUCCCUUUCACUUUCCUUAGCAGCAGCAACCCCAGCAGAAGCAGAAACAGAAGCAGAAGCUGAAGCAGUAGGAGGAGGAGGAAAGUUACGGGCAGCAAUUGCGAGGUUGAACGCGCGUUCUGGUCAAAGAGAAAGCAGUGGGAACUUCACAGCAGGUGCAGCAGGCGCAGCAGCAGCAGCAACCGCAGCAGCUGAAGUCUCAUCCCCUAGUGUCCCAUUCAAUAAUAUCACCUUCAAUAAUAUCACCUUCAAUAAUGUCACGCUCAAUAACGCCCCUCUCAAUAAGCCGCUCUCCAAGGGGGGGAUGAAGCAUGGCUGUCACAGGUGGCCGUGCAGCGCGCGCCCGGGGCUGUGCGGAGUGAUGCAUCGCCCCAUCCGCGUCUACCUCAUCUGGUUCGGCCCGUUCUCCAGAGCGCAGAAGAACAUUCUCAGAAGCUUCAUCCGGUCGAUUUCGGACCGGGGCGAUCCCGAAAACACAGGUGGGUGUGGGGGAGGGUGGAGGGGAGGAAGGGAGGUUGAUUAUGUGCGUGUGGGGGGGGCGGAGGAGGGGUCGUGUGGGUGUGGCGGAGUGGAAGGGAGGGGAGGGGGCGUGGGGUUGUGCGUGCAUGCGUGUGUGUUGUUCCUGCACUCUUCUCCUCCUUUCUAUCUUCUCCUAUUCCUGCACUCCGCACUCAGUCCCCAGCUGGAGGGGCAUCAACCUCCCCGGCUGGUGGGACAUCAACCGUCAGUACCACGACUGCAAGGGCCGCCCGGUUUCCUCCUCCGUGACGCUCAAAGGCGAGUCAUCAUACCCGUUCGGCCGCCGCUCCUCCCGCCGCCCAGCUUCCCGCCGCCCGACUUCCGGCGACCUGACUUCCCGCCGCCCAUCUUCCAGCCGCCCAUUUUCCAGCCGCCCGGUUACCCGGCAUUCGGCUGA